AACGGAGCCACACGAAGGCCACAAAAUCCCUCGUGCCACGCUACCUGCCCCAGGGGAGCCGAACGCUGCCGGCGGAGCCGGGCCCCGCAGCCCGCCAGGGGAAGUGUCUCUGCCCGCUCAGCCGCCGCGGAAGUGCAGGCGCCGCCCCGAGAGGCCUUCGGCGCGCACUCCGCUGCUGCGGUACCAUGGUGCAGCUUUACAACUUGCACCCGUUCGGGUCGCAGCGAGUAGUGCCCUGUAAGCAGGAGCCGGCACACUUCUGCUGCGGCCAGGACGUGCUGUUCGUGGCCAGCACGGCGGCCAGCUGCAGAGUGGAGGUGUUCGCCAUGCACGACCAGGGCCGCUGCGAGCCCCUGGGCUCCUUCGCCACGCUGGGGCCCGUGCUGCGCAUGGCGCACAGCUCGGCAGGAGACUACCUGGUGACAAUUGAAGAAAAAAGCAAAGCAACUUUCCUAAGAGCAUAUACGAACUGGAGAUGUAUGUCUGCAGGGAGCUCUCGUGUGUGUGUUCGGAUGGUUGGUCACAAGAUGGAAGAGUCAUAUAGUGAAACCUGGAAAGAACAGAUGUCAGUUGUUGAAAUGCCACUUUCAGACCCUCCACUGUGCAUUUCAUGUUGUCCUGUAAAUGGAGAUCUUCUUGUGGGCUGCAAGAAUAAAUUAGUCAUAUUCUGUUUGAAAUACCUGGUCAUAAACCAGAAUUUGACUGUGUUAGAUUUUGAACGCUCCUUAAUUUUGCACAUUGAUAAUCUCAUUCCUGCUGAAGUUGCAUUUUGUGCCAGACAUAUAGCCAUAACAACAGAGCUGGAUGUUCUAAUCCUGAAACUGGAACUGGUCCAGCAAAGUGCAGACAGGACAGAGCAAUGUGCUCAGGGAGUCAGCGCACCAGAAAAGACUGUGGAUGGAGGUGUGAAAGAUGAAAGCCCUUCAACACAUACUUUGCAGCUUGAAUUAGAUGAGUUCAUCAUAUGCCAGAAGCCAGUGGAACUGCUUGGGGAAGAAAGUAAGCUAUGUGAGAUACCCAUCACAUUGGAAUCCACAGAGUUACCUACUGAGGAGACAAAGUGCUUCCAAGUGCAGUAUCUGCUUUUCAGACAUUUUACACCUGACCAGUCGCCUUUUGGGUUUUGUGAAGAGACAAAGUUGCACUCUGUUCAGCUGCUCCCUAUAUAUCAGACAGGAAGUUCUGUGACAGCCUAUGAGGAAACUGAGAACAAGAGAGAACUACUGAGUCUCUUUUGCUUUUUCUCUUUACCUCAUGUUGGAUAUCUCUACUCUCUUGGGAAGCUAGUAGAAGUAAUUUCUACUUACCAGUAUUCAGAGAAGUCCGAGCAGGCAGUCCUUACUCCACAGUUCCUACAUGUCAUUACAAGUGAGAACCUGCAGUGUUUCACAGUGCGAUGCAGUGCAGCAGCAGCUCGUGAUGAGGAUCCCUACAUUGAUACAACUGUGAAGGCUUGUCCACCUGUCACACUGGAUGUCUGCACAUUAAGAAUGCAGCUUUUUAUAGGACCAAGAGCUAUCUGUCAUUUCAAAAACCAUAUAAUUCUUUUGACAAAGGCAGACACAGAAGAUAUUACUGAAAGGAGAAAGCCUACAAGAAGGAUGCUUUCCAGAAAGGCUGACAGCAUCAAAUCCAGAACAAAUUCUGAGUCAGAGCCUGGUUGGAAUUUAUAUAUUAUAAACACUGUUUCAACCAUUCAGCUUUACAGAGAAAUGGUAGAUUAUAGUAGAACUUAUGAAAAUGUUAAAACUGAGAGCUGCAUCCAUCUUUUAAGUGAGGCUCACUUACUGAUCCGAGCAGCUAUAAUGGACCCUCACUUCCUUAAAUCAGAUGAGAAAGAAGAACUUCUAAGAGCGUUCAGAGAAAGUUGUGCAUUCUUAGGAGACUGCUACAGCAGGUUUGACACUAAGGAUUACCACCUUGCUUUGCCAUACUACAGAAUGUCAGGCUUAUCCAUGACUGAGGUUUUAAAGAGACUGGUUUCAGAAGGUGAUGAAACACAGACAUAUGAGAAAGGAUUCAUAUUUUACUUAACUCACUCUCUUAAUGAAGACUUGAAUGAAGAAUUAAGCAAGGAAUCAGGAAAUAAAGUUCUCCAGAUAUUCUAUCUCGCUGACCCCGUGCAGCUGCCUCAAAUCCUUUGCAGCCCCUGCAUGAGAAAUGUAUGUCCUUUGACAGCUGUGAAGUAUCUUCAGAAAGUAGAAAAGAUGAUGCCAUCAGUGGUCCUGACGCUUACUAAGGCUUAUCUGGCUCUGAAAAUGGGAGACCUGAUAAUGUAUGAACAUGAGAUGGACUCCUAUAAUGAGACAAUACUGGCUUGUGGCUUCAUUGGGCAACCGCGACUCUUGAGGCAGUGUAAGGGAGGAAUUGUUAUGCCAACUGAGUUUGCUGUUCACCUGAAGGAGAUGCAGCCUGGUUUACUCGUGGCUGCCACUGUGGCUUUACAUGAGAACAGUAAAAUUGAAUUGGAAGAAGCAGCUACCUUUUUCAAGAUGUUGUGUAGUCAUAGUGAAAACACUAUUCCUCAGCUCUUGGUGGAUUUCUGGGAAGCUCUCCUUGUAGUGUGCUCUCAGGAAGAAAUACUUCAGGAGCUCUUAUUGAGGGUUACUUCUCAGUAUGUUUGGAGGAUAUCAAAGAAGCAACUUCCUGAGACUAAGCCAUUGAAAACAACAGACGAUCUGAUAAACUCCUGUAAUCAUUUUGGGUUGAUUUUCCCAUGGGUGACUUCCAUAAUGUCAGUGGGAUGUUCAUCUGAUAAAGUUUACGAUGAAGACAUCUCAAGACUACAGUCUCUUUUAUGUAGUCAGUCAAUCAAUGUAGCUUCAGCUCUGCCUGUCCUGGAGGCCCUGCCAGAGGCUGACAAUGUCGGCCUAACCAUCCGUGUUCUCUGCAAUACCCGUCUAGGCAAGUAUGAGGAAGCCAUUGACCAGCUCCUCCUGAGGUGUCCUGAUGCAGCUGUGCUCUAUGCUCAGCACGAGCUGAAAGGUGACAAGCAGGCUCUGUGGUGGAACAAGCUGCUUCCUGAACUUUGCAAGAGAACUAGACUUACUGGUAAUGGCUGCCCUGUUCUCAUUUCAUCACUCAAAGAAACUUUAUCAGUUGUUGCAGUGGAGCUGGAACUAAGGGAUUUUGUCAGUCUUCUACCAGAGGAUGGAACUGCAGCAUUUUUCCUGCCACAUGUUCUUCACUGCAGCCAGAGGAAGCUGCUGACCUAAAACAACGAAGCGUACUAUCCACUCAAAUGCAAAGAAUGUGCUGGAAUAAAAAAGCAAAUGAAACAAAUAAAAAAGCAAAUGAAACAAACAGUAGAGCUGCAUACUGUGGGACUACCCUCACAUAAAUCAUCUUACUUCUUCAUUGAAAUCUUACAUCAACUAUUGAAGGACAACUGUUGUCUGAGGUAAAGCAUCUGUUUUGAAGCUAACUGUGGUGACAAGGCAACUGGAAAAUACUGUACAGCACAACUGGACAUACAGUGUUCACUGAAAGUAAAGCAGGAAGUCAGUCUCAAAUCUGUAUUACUUGGAUCACUGACCUAGGGAGUUCAGGGUCCCUCAGUCAUCCCAUCUUUUAAAUGUACCAAUCAUCUUGAAAGGUGUUACUGGAUAAAAUUAUAAAAAUAAUUCAACAGAAAGAACUAUUUUGUUAACUGGUCAGUUAUACAAUACUAUAUAUAUUUUCAGUGUCAACUUAUGGAUAACCAAAUUCCUGUUUUCUAAGUAAUAACUACUACCAUAUCUGUCUAGUAAAAUGUGACAAUGUGAUGGCAGAUACGCAAAACGAAUUUUGCUGUUACACAGGGUUAUUUUCAAACUUAAAAAAAGGUACAUUUCAUUGGGCUCUUCACAUUCCUCUGCUGUUAAAUAACAUGCAUUAGGCAUCACCUAGAAUAUGUUUAGCUUGCAAGAUACAACCUUUAUUUAGAGAAAAAUACAUUUAUGAGCUGUCAUAUCCAUUUAGCUGUCUUAGUCUAUGGCCUUUUGGUACCUGUGGCCAGUAUAUCCAUGUGGCCACUAGAUGAAAUCUUCCAAAACAUACAUGGAGAUGAGUUGCCCAGGAGAGAAUAUUUUCCAAGAAAUGCUUCACUGAAGAGACACCUUGGAGAACCACUGUGUUAAAAUGCUUUCAUCAAUCUUGUGUGCCUGCCAUGCCUUUACACUUGAACUGAUUGAAUAAUCUUGGGAACAAAGACUGUUUAUCUGUAAGGGGGAAAAUAGCUUUUUUUACAUGCAUUUCAUCAGAAGAAUAGUCUGUGCAUAUUGCCAGCAGAGUCCAAAAUGAGCACAGUGGAUCCCAGUACCUUCUGGACAUUGUGAGUUAGAUUUAAAAACAGCUUUAAGAUGCACUGAAGGGUACAUUUUGAUACUCUUUAGAUGGCUAAUAAUGAAAAAUCCAACAUGUUGCUACAAGUUAAAGUCUCUUUCCACAUCUCUUUCUGUGUACUCUCAAAUCAUCUUUUUUUAUUGUCGGUGCAGGUUAGGCACAAUGUACUCUGUAAAUCAGUAGUGUUUAUAAUAUAGAACUAGAUUGUGGUUUACAUGCCAGUGGUUUAUAAUAUAGAAUUAGAUUCUGUUUAACAUUCCAGUCUGUAUUUUCAGUAUAGAUACAAAAAAACCCAUAUAUGUAUAUGUAUAUAUAUGUGCAUAUAUAUAUAUGCAUAUACAUACACAUAUCUUGAAAUAUUCCUAUCUCCUUCUGUCAGUUACAAGGAAUGCCUGUUAUGCUCUAUCUUUUGAGCACUGGAAAGAGUUGCUUUUAAAGUUGUAUUAACUUUGUAGAAACAAGAGCUUUCAAAAUUCUUCACAAUUCAAAGAUUUUUUACAGGUAAUACUGCUAGAGUAAGGUAACAGUGUCUGUAAAGCCAAAACACAUUGUUGAGAAAGAAAACACUAUUUUAGUUUUUCAGUACUUCAGCUGUGUAGGAAUGAUGACUUGAGCUGUAUUUACCAACUGUUCUUAUUGUUUUAAAUGAAGACUGAGAUGGAGUAUGACAGUACUGGCAAUUCUUGGGUAUAGAGUACUGGCAAUUCUUGGGUAUAGAAACACUGUCUCAUGAAUUCUUUUUAAAUAAAAAUCUAUCACUUUAUAUGGAUUGGAAGCUGAAACAAUAGCCACUUAACAUCCAGUCCUUUAAUUACUUUGGUCUCCUGAGCAGCCCUGAGGGAAGCAUGACCAAGUGGCUUCUAGACGUGGAGUAUCUCUGGAUGUCUGAACUGGUUCUGAGUACACUGGACUGUCUGUGAGCCCCACUGUGCAUCUUUAAACAUAAUGACCAUUACUGAGCUCGAGAGCUCUUACCUUCCUUUGGGAGCACAGUGUAGGUUGCUUCCAUGCCUGCGUGGAUGUGGUCAGUAACGUGACAGUGUAACAGCCAGGUUCCAGGGUUCCGUGGAGUCAUUUCCACAGUUUGAAAUGUCCCAGGGAACAGAUCAAAGACAUCUGCCCGGUAAACCCCUGUUUGCUUCAGGACAAACAGAAGCAACAGUUAAAUGGUGGCGUUACCAGAUGGCAGUAAUUUAAGCUUUAUCCAUUUACUCACCAAACAUUUCAAUCACAACUGAAUGAUAAGACACCUGUGUGUCAUUUCUACUGAAGCAUCACUUUUGUACAUCCAUUUCAUGCUCCAAAGUUUAAUAAACUAUCAGCUAAGUGAAAAUUAAGGACAACUACAGCUUUUGUCUUGCAACAGUCAUGAGAAGUUCACAGCUGUCUUGUUAAAGCAACUGGCUACCAGUCAGCAGAUGCUGCUGUCAGAUAUUCUCUGGCUCAUGUAUGUUGAUCAGAUAAAGGUUUGGGGCAUAAAACCCUUACAAUCAAAUUACAAGCCCCACUAAAUAUUGUAAUGUGACUUUUCACCAUAGAUUACAAUCCUUGGUAAUUUACCUACCUCUCAUUCUUAACACAGCAAGAAAUAAAUGAAAAGGGCUUGAUACCUUGUAGUCAAA